GGGGGGGGGAGAGGAGGGAAGCGUCUCCUGCAGGGGGUCAAAUCAAAAUCAAGAAAGGACCCUAAACCUGGAAAAAGUCUUCUGAACCCCACCCCCCUUUGCCUUUCAAGAAUGAGACAACUUGGCCAACAGGGGGGGGGGGGGAGGGGAGAGAAUAUAAUUUUUUGAAACAACGAUCUCAAUUGACAUCGCUUUUCAGGAAGAAAACGCAAGUAGACUGGCAAAAAUGAGCUCAGACGUCAUAAGGAGGAUGGGACUGCCCCAUCUGACCCUAUUACCCUAGGACAAUGGGACUACCGUCUUCAACCGAAUAGAACACCCGGUCAUUAUCGCUGCAUCUGGACUGAAAAUUGCCCCAAAUACAGGGAUAAUGACCAGCCGUUCUAGUCGGGUGAAGACGGUAGCCUCCCCUCGCAUGCUUCCCUCCUGAGUCCUGACCCCCCUCGAAAUGUGCACGUCUCCGAACUUUGAGACGGGAGAAGAAUCAGGUUAACUCCUCUGCUCCCUUAAGUCUGCUCCCUUAAGUCUGAUCCCUUAGGGCUUGUCCUUAAAGGGGAGGAGGGGGGAACAAAGGAAGGGAAGGCAGGAACUCAACUCCAGGAAAGAGUACAAGGACACCUAUCAGAGGGCUUCCCUUAUGCCGACCGAACUUCCUUGACGAAAAUUUCCCCUUUUCUUCAUCAAGGAGGUUUUUUCAGUCGCUUUAUUCUUUUGUUUCUUUUUUCCCUUUUUUUUGGGCUCCUCCGUAAGAGCGUUCCGUCCUCUUGGCCGCCGUGGUAGAGCAGGACGCUUCCAGAAGGGACUUCCUCAAGGAAGCAUGCACCGAAAAAAGAAAAAAAAAGCUAAGGAGACAGGAGGACGGAAAUCCCCCCAGGGCCCAGGGAAGGAAGGAAAGAAAGAAAUCCAGGAAUACAAGUUAGUUCCAAGAGGAACAGCGGAAAGGAAUUGUGAUAUCGACAGAUAGCUUCGAGCGGGACCAUCCCCCCGCGAUCCUUGUACCGCAUGGUCCAUGAUCAAGAAUCAAGGAUCACACCCCAUCGCAUGAUGAGAGAGCGAAUGGAGUGUCCCUAAAAAGGGGAAUGGGGGGAGGGGUGGGUGGGUGUGGACUGAGAUCGCAACUACUAAACCCCAUGAGACUGGUUGGCGUUGAACCGACGACCGACCAGCCGAUGAUGACGACGAUGACGACGACGACACGCCAUGACAUAACACGCCAGACGGUUAUGGCAGGCCCCACGCCGCACAAUUAUGAAGGAGUGCGUGGCAACUGGGUGGCUGCUGAGUACCUUGCCUCCCCGUCAGCCGCAGAUGGGGAAGGCUUGCGCCGAUCUAUCUAUCUAUCUAUUGCGCCAGGCUCGGCCAAGGCUUCGCCCCCCUGUGUGACGAUGAAGGUGACGGUGACGGUGACGGUGACGGUGACGGUGACGGUGACGGUGACUGUGACUCAGAGUAGGAAUGUAGCCAUCGGAUCCAUAUCUGUUGAUCUACGACCGGGACCAGAUCAAGCAGUUUCUUAGACAACAACACUGCUUAACAAAAAAAACUUAAAAAAGAGAUAAUUAACUGAUCAACUAGCCACCUAAUUGACUGACUGACUGACUAGCUAGCAAACGAGUUACCGGCAAAGCCUUCGGAAUCAAUCAAUCAAUCGAAUCGAAUCGA